CUUGUCUUCUUAAAUAUUAUGAGAGCGAAUUUUUCGUCUCAAUUGUACGUCUACGGUGAAUGAUAAAUUCUAAUUGAAAAUGACCGGAACGGAGCUCGUUACCACCGUAGAUCCGCACCUUAUUCCUGGAUACGCCGGAUUUUGUCCCCAGUAUCGUUACAGGUGUGGCGAAACCUACGGAAGCCAGACGCACAAGCUUUUGCUAGAUCCGACGAUAAAUCAUGCCGAAACCCUUAUUCUUUCAAACCGUACCACCGACGAAUACCAGGUCACGCGGCCUGCGAAAGAUGACAUCGACAUUGUCAAUGCGAGGUUUAAAAAUGGCACCCCAGUCUAUGUUCAUCCAAUAACACCUGGCUACGAAGGGUUUACGCCAGGUCUAAACGCGAGUCAUGGCCAAAGAUAUACCGUGACAGCUACAGAGGGUAUUGCCGAAUUGAAGCGUCAAGAGAUACAGAACAAGGAAGUUCUUAAUCAACUCCAGAAGGUUGUCGCGGUGCAGAGCGGACGCGGGGAGCCGCGUAAUCUCGAAGAACGUUUGUUACUCGAAAGUCAGUUUAAACUGCCUAUGCUGUCUGUCCGUCCCGAUUGUGUCGGUGUAAUGAGGAAUUUACCGGUCGACGAACAAUGCGAAAGACCCAGAGACCAUGCACCUUCACCGUAUUUCAUGAAUAACGAUAAUCCUGGGAAGUUCUUUGUAAAUGGAUACUCGGGACAUAUUCCCUACGGUUACGCGCACUUCGGCGCUACGAAUUCAGUGAUGACGAACAGUGCACUUUGCGAUUUUACCUCGAAUUACAGACGAAGACAGAGCACCGAAUGGGCACCGGUUACCAUUUCUCGGCCGGAUCCACCCCUCCUCAUACAACCGACUGAAAUUUAUCACAAGCACGUUGGAAUGAUUCCAAACUACCAGGGACACGUUCCUGGAGAAUCAUUCAGAUUUGGAAAAACAUUCGGAGCAGACACCAGAGACGCGAAGAGAUGGCUGAGAGGAGAUUUUGCGGUUUAAGAAGCAUCCGGUCAUUAUUGCUGAUUGAAAAUGAGGGAAAGAGGACAAUAAACGUUUUUAAAGAG